AUGCACUACAUUUCAGCUGUUCCCGCUCGUAAUGAAACGAACGUAUUUGAUGAUCAACCAUAUCCUUCUUUAUAUUUCUAUUUAGUUAUUCAAAGAAGAACACUAUAUUACGGUCUAAAUUUGAUUAUUCCUUCGCUUCUCAUAUCGCUCAUGACGGUUUUAGGUUUCACUCUGCCUCCAGACGCUGGAGAAAAAAUCACUUUGGGUAGGCUACAUAUGUACGUUCCAUCGUUUCUAAUCAGUCAUUCUUUAGAAAUUACUAUACUGCUAUCAGUUUGCUUUUUCCUCAGCAUGGUUGCCGAUAUGACUCCGCCCACAUCCGAAGCUGUGCCUCUGAUUGGUGCGUUUUUCUCGUGCUGUAUGUUGGUAGUCUCGGCUUCAGUUGUAUUCACCGUACUCGUACUCAAUCUGCACAAUAGAAAACCAGAAACUCACGAAAUGAGCCCAUUUUUACGAGAAUGCUUAUUGAUUUGGCUUCCAUGGAUUCUGAUGAUGCGCCGCCCGGGCACGACCGUUUUCAAUCGUCGAGAAAUAAAAGCGAAAAAAGCCGAAGAUAUGGCGAAAAGAAUAGAAACUCGGAAUGGUCGGUCAACUGAAGGAGCCAUGGCAGCAGCUGACAGUCUAACGCUGAUCAGAAGCAUUCGAGCCGGCAAAAACGAUCCUCAGAACAUCGAACUUGGGCACGUAACAAGCGGUUGGUUAUCUUGA